AUGGAUACAAGAGCAGCAGAGGCAUUGAUCAGUCUACAGAGAAGUGGAGAACACCCUGUUACAGCUGCAGAUACAAUACCUCAAGAAGCAGAAGGGCUGUAUCAGCAAGCAAAUAAUAGGCAGACACCACAACAAGAUGGAGAAGAGAGAGGUGUUUUUACUGGUAAUGGUACAGGAGCGGCCAAUCACUGGACUACUGCUCAGGAAAAAGUCUCUGAAGAAGAAAGAAGAAACAGACACACACAGCACUCCUCAACCACAGUGGCACUUGCUCAAACAGAGGAUAUAGGCCAAGAGAACAACAAUAGCCCUCCCAGCUUACAAGACCCUGCUACACCUAUACAAACCUCAGAACAGCAGCUGUCCCCAAGUCAAGGAGCAUCAAGUGCCUCACUACCUUCAAGUACUGCAAGCAAGAAACACAAAAGCCCAUUUCCUACCCAGAGCAAUACACUCUUGAGUUACUUCCAGCCAAGGUCUACAAGCAUAUCCUCUGCUACUCCAAGGACACCUCAGCAAGCACACCCACACUCUAUCAGUAGAACACCUCAGUUAGGCAAUCAGCCUUCUGUUGGUAGUGUAACUCAGCCAGAACAUCACUCUUCCACUGACACAACAACCCAGACAGAGCCAGUUGAGAGCACUGCUUCUAAACUUACAAAGCAACUUCACAACUUCCAUAGAUGUACCCACCAAGACCAUGCAGAGCAAGAGCAGGCACACAACAGACACCACCAAAGAGAUGAUGUUCACUCUGAGUGUGCCUCAUUUGAGUCAAUCACUAGGCUGCUAUGUGGAGACUACAACAAUGGGACUCCUCUUCCAGAUGUCCUGAGCAAUCCUUGUUUCAAGAGGGCAGAAGGCUUAGCAGAUAGCAUUGACUGUCAGGGUGCCUUUGAAGGCACAAGUCCUAUAGCCUUGCCUAAAGACAUUGGGACACGCAAUGAGAAGCUGCCAUUAAGCCUCUGCAUGUCCAAAUACUAUCAAAGCAGCACCACAGCCUGUGUUCCUAAGACCACAUUUGACAUUGACAGCCUCUGCUGCUUUCCUAGCAGCCUUGGCUUUGCUCGUCAAGGCAUUCACUGGCUACCUAAUGCAAGCACUGUGCUCAACCUGAGCCACAACAUCCACUUCAGUCUCAAGGUCCCAACAUAUAACCCAAAGGGAGAGCUAUGUCAGACAGAUCAGCCACUCCAUAAGAUUCCACAUUACUAUUUUGGAACAGCCAUUGGCAUAGAGUCAGUUCAGAUCUACAUCUUCUUUCCAGAGCUACAUCUUGGAAGUGGUAAUGAGCACAGUACUUUCCUUAGCAAUGAAGACUUCAAGCUUUGGUAUGACUCUGUGCUUAUGCCAGCUAUCCAGAAAAGUGUAGCAGAUUCCAAUGUUCUGCAGCACUACCCUGUGUCUGCUGAGGUUGCACGUCUAGACGCUACUGUGCUGUCAGCUAAGACUUUUGCAAAGAAGAGCUCCUCAAGAGAACAGCUUCUCAAGUAUGCUCUACAGCCACAACAUCUACACCAAAUCUGGACCUGUAUUCAAGACAGCAUUGCUGGAAAUCCCCUGUUUAGUCGCUUUAGAGGUGCUGCACUCUUUGCACACUCUAAAAACACUAAGCUAGAGUACAUGACUGAAGACCUGAGUACUACAUUCUGCAAGUGGCAGAACUCUUGGUCCAGAGUCACUGAUCCACAGUUCUGCAAUCCUGGGUAUAUCCGCUCUCUCCAACAAGAAGGUGGAGGGAUCACAUUCUCUCAGGCUGUCUGUGAGAAGGCCUAUCUCCACAUGAAGCAGCGAGCACAUGUCAAUCUCAGAGACAAUUUACAGAGGUCAUAUGGGAUCAGAGAAGAGCAUCGGAUAUCUCUAACCAUGAUGGAAGAGAUUAAGAGCCAGUGGACCCAACAGGACCUCUACAGCGUUUCUGAGGAUAGCCCUAGUGUUCCACUCCCAUACUACAUUGUCCCAACACAAGAGCUGCUUGGAUUCCUCCGUGCCCAGAUCAACAAAUACUGUUUCUUGUUUGAGCAUACCCGAGCCAACACCUUUGGAGUAGUUCCACUAGCUGCACAAGCAGUCAUGAUAGUAGCUCUAAGAGCACUUCGAUUCUGCUAUGGAAGCAACAUACUAGCAGCAGAGUCACUGCUCUACAAAGAUCGCUGGGAGAAGAAUCAACAGCAGAUUGUAGUAGUGGAAGGCUUUAGCAUGCAACAGACAAUUGAGCAGUGUGGACUAGGCUGGUUCCUGCCCAAGUUUAACUGGACUACACUGAGGAUCAAACAACCCCAUGAAGAGAACAUGCUGAAUGGCUGCCUGCUUAUGCAUACUGAGUACAAGAAGAGAUGGCAAGCAGUAAAGGAUCUUCAGAAUGUCUAUGUCCGUUUCAAUCAAGCAGAGAGGUGGUUCCAUCAGCACAACAUUGGCAAAAACCCAGCACUACUUCGAAAGUGGCUAGAGUAUCUAUCAAGUGGCAAAAUUUUGGGUACCUGUGGUGGGCAUCCUGAUUUGGUAAGCUGCAUCAAG